GCGGUCUUUCCCCCGUGGUCAGCGAUGAUUUGUCUGGAGAUGCCCGACAGCCGCACCUCAUCCAUCCCCCGGCUGAGGCGUGCGGGAAGUAUUAGGAAGUUUCAGCGGCGGCGGGGCGGUGCGUUGCUGCCUCGGUCUGUGCGGGAAGUGGAGGUUGAACGGGCAUCAGCCCUGCCCACGUUAAAGAGAGAGAGCGCGGAUGGCGAGUGCCAGCUCCGGGAUCACGCACCGGCCGUUUAGCAAUGCCACCCAGCUACAGCUUGCCAAAAGCACCGUGCCUCCUACCUGGAGUGGCUUACACCUUUACCAGACAACCAUCCUGGGAACAAUCUUAGCGAUAACUGGAAAUAUCCUUAUCAGUAUAUCCUUAAAUAUCCAGAAAUAUACACACGUCCGAUUAUUAUGUCAAGAAAGUCUAACACCUUAUUACAAGAGCAAGCUGUGGUGGUGUGGAAUCUUCCUGAUGGGAUUGGGUGAACUGGGGAACUUUGCUGCCUAUGGUUUUGCGCCGGCUACUCUGGUUGCUCCUUUGGGAUGCGUGUCCGUUAUCGCUAGUGCAGCAAUGUCGGUGGUGUUCCUGAAGGAAAAGCUGUGGUCUUCAGAUAUCCUGGGAGGAUCACUGGCUGUUCUGGGAACCUACCUUCUCGUGACCUUUGCUAUUAAUGGACAACAAGAGAUCACAGCCAUUAAGAUCCAUAACUAUAUCGUCAGCUGGGAGUUCUUGCUUUACUUGACAUUGGAGUUUGUAUUGUUCUGUGUUUUGCUGUAUCUCAACAAGAGAAGAGGCCUGAACCACAUUGUAAUCCUACUGCUGCUGUCCUCAAUACUUGCCUCGCUGACAGUGAUCUCUGUGAAGGCAGUGGCAGGAAUGGUGACCAUGUCAAUCGAAGGCCAGCUUCAGCUCCAGUACCCCAUCUUCUACAUAAUGGUUGUCAUUAUGAUCACGUCUUGCAUUUUCCAAGUACAGUUCUUGAACCAAGCCAUGCGCCUGUAUAAUGCAACAGAAGUGGUACCAAUCAAUUUUGUUUUCUUUACAACCAGUGCUAUUAUUGCAGGAGUGAUAUUUUAUCAGGAGUUCUACGGUGCUGCUUUACUCAAUAUCUUCAUGUUCCUGUUUGGGUGUAUGCUGUCAUUCCUUGGUGUUUUCCUGAUCGCCAAGAACAGGGAGAAGCGGACAGCUGACAUUCGAUAUAUUGAUUUGGGCACCAUUCCAAAGCAGAAAAAGUCAGGAAAAAUCCAACCAGAACUCAACAGUAUCAGUUCUUACGGAACUGUACAGGAUGGAGAACAGAACAAUGAUUCUGUGGGUGAAAACGCAAAGUAACUAUCAAACAGCAGAUUGAAAUGGAUUUAAUACUUGAACUAAGUAUUAACUCAACCUUAACACCUCAUCACGUUAGAUGUUCUCAGUUUGGAUUCUGGAUUCAUCCCACAUUGUACUGUUGACGGGCUGUGGUCUAAUCACACUUCAUUGUUUACAAUGGAAAAUAUCACUUCAUCAGUCAUGUGACUUUUAAAAAGUAAAUUUAUAAAAGAGCAUCCUUUUGACUUUGGACUUUGAAAUCCACUUGACAAACAUAUUUAUUCCAAGAUUUAAGCAGAAAAGCAGGAUGAUAAUUCUUUCUAUAAUUUAUUUCUAGCUUGCAUUGUUGGAGGAUGCUAACAUUGAAGGGUAGAGUACUAAGUGAGGCAGCAGUUCCAGGUUAAUGGCAGAUUGCCUGAAAAAAACAAAGAAUUUGUAUUUAUGGAAAUUAUGUAAAUUUGUAUUUAUGUAAAUAUAAAUUCACAUGAAUUUGUAUUCAAGAGCUCAGGGCUUCCCUACGUGCCUUACUGCAGAAGGUACCACUUCUGAACAUGGUAAUGUUGUAGUAUAGAAAUUGUGGAAUAUCUCACAGAACAUAAACAUUGAUUUCUCUAACUACCAGUAGUUCCUCCCCACAUCUUCCCUCCUCUCCUUUUCCUUUCCCUGUUCUGGUUCCCCUCAUACCCAAUUUCUUAUCCUCAUUCUGCCCAUUGUCCUUUUCUGGUUUCUCUCUUCCAUAGCCAGUCUCCUCUCCUGUCAGAUCCCCUCACAGCUUCUUACUCCAACCCUCCUCCCCUACCAUCCUUUGUCCACUUGUACCCCUCCCACCUUCUUAUUCUGAAUUCUGCCCUCAUUCCUUUCCAGUCCUGAUGAAAGGCCACAACCCAAAAUGUCAAUUGUUCAUUUCCCUGCAUGGAUGCUACCUGACCUGCUGAGUUCCUCCAGCAUUUUGCAUGCGUAGAUCUCACUGCCGAUACGUUUUAGUGAUGUUUGUUGUAGGAUUUAUAUUGGCCAGGGGAGGUGAGAUAUCUGCCUGUCAACAAAGUAAUGCGAUAAGGUAUUUUACAUUCACUGGUGAAAAAGAACUGGACCUUCAACUAUCAUCUGACGCAUGGCACUUCCAACAGUGCAGCACUCCUUCAGUAAGGCACUGGAGUGUGGACCGAAUGCCUGUGUCUCUGGUGUUGAACCCUAUAAACCUUAAGUACUGUAAUUACAAAGUUUAGCCAUUUAUAUUAAUCAGCACAGUAGCAUAUUUAAUUUUAGUUACUUUCCAGUAUUUACUUAAUAUUUGAUAUUUUCAGGUUAAGUUCUUCUAUUAUUAUGACUAAAAUAGUUUCUUGUUUAAAAUGUUCAAUUAACUUGUGAACAAAUGGAAUAAAAUGUUGUUUCCUGUAACAUUUCACAUGAAU